UUCUCCAUCUUUUUUAUCCUAAAAUUGCAAAAUGCAAGAAAGAAAAAUCUUCCUCCAAGUCCACCAUUUUUACCAAUUAUUGGACACCUCCAUCUCCUCAAAUCUCCAAUUCACCAAACCUUCAAAUCACUUUCUAGCAAAUAUGGCCCUAUUAUAUACCUACAUUUUGGUACAUCUAAAGUGAUAAUAGUCUCCUCCGCCUCAAUCGCAGAGCAAUGCUUCACGAAAAAUGACAUUAUUUUCGCGAAUCGACCAAAAUCUCUAGCUAGUAAACACCUUGGCUAUAACCACACAACAAUUGGAUUCUCACCUUAUGGUGACCAUUGGCGUAAUCUUCGCCGCAUUUCUAACAUUCAAAUAUUUUCCACUUUUACCCUCAACAAUUCCUCUUCCAUCCGCACUGAAGAAGUCCAAUUCGUGGCUAAAAAAUUAACCUUAGACUACAAAGGAGGAAUUACUCAAAAAGUGAAACUGAAAAUUCUAUUUGAGAAAUUAGUGUACGAUGUGUUAACGAAAAUGGUUGCAGGUAAACAUUGGGCCGAGCCAUCGACUGAUGACUUGUUCGGCCCAACUAUGAUUAUGAAUAUUUGUGAUUAUAUUCCAGUACUUAAAUGGGUUGGAUUUCAAGGAUUGGAGAAGAAUUUGGUGGAGUUGAAGAUAAGAAGAGAUAAAUUUCUUCAGGGCUUAAUCGAUGAAUGUCGAAAGAGCAGAGCUGAUAAGAAAACAAUAGUUCAUACGUUGUUGUCUUUGCAGAGAGAGCAGCCAGAAUGUUACACAGAUGAUAUUAUUAAGGGUGUCAUAAUGGUAAUGUUCACUGCUGGAACACAUACAUCAGCUGUAACAAUGGAAUGGGCAAUGUCACUGUUACUAAAUCAUCCAGAGGUAAUGAAAAAGGCAAGACUCGAAAUCGACAGCCUCAUCGGAGAAACACGUCCAUUAGAGGAACCAGACAUCCUUAAAUUACCAUAUUUGCGUUGCAUAAUCAAUGAAACAUUAAGGUUAUUUCCUGCUGGACCACUUUUAGUCCCACAUUUUUCAACACAAGAUUGUACUAUUGAAGGUUACCAUAUUCCUAAAGGUACAAUAUUGUUUGUAAAUAUUUGGGAAAUUCAAAGGGAUAGUAAAAUUUGGGAAGAGGCAAAUGAGUUUAAGCCAGAGAGAUUUGUAGGGGGAAUUGAAGGGUGUAAAUUUAUACCAUUUGGUAUGGGGAGAAGGGCUUGCCCUGGUUCUGGGCUUGCUAUGAGGUUGAUUGGUUUGGUUUUGGGCUUAUUUAUUCAGUGUUUUGAGUGGGAAAGAAUUGGGGAUGAAUUGGUGGGUUUAGAUGAAAGUUGUGGGCUUAUGUUAAGUAAACUUGAGCCUUUGGAGGCAUCGUAUAGGCCUAGAGAGUCCAUGGUUACACUCCUUUCUCAACUUUGA